ACACAAGGAACCGGAAACCCGUCACGUCAUUUAGCUCGGCAUUUGUUUACGAUACGACCGGAGCAGACCAUAGUCGAUUCUGUCAACACAAUAAACUCCCCACAAUAUACCCCAGCCUUUAGGCCUAGAACUCCCCAUAAACCGGGCUGUGUUGGUGGGGGGCCGGGAUCGACUGGCACCGUGCGUCUUCUGGCGUCGCUGUUGCUUUAAGCUGCCGAAGGGAGACCCUGCGAAACGGGUCCCUGGACCCUGGAGGAGCCGCGAUGAGCUCCGAGCAAGAAGACCACCAGAGCGACGGGGAGGAGGAGGACGAGGACGACGCGAACCGUAGUGCAGGGCACCGAGCCGGGGAGCCCGAAGGAGAGGACCGUGCCGAUGACGAUGAAGAGGAUGGUGAUGAUGAUGAGGGGGGCGAGGUGGCUGACAGCAGCGCUGGACAGGUUCGCGAGGAUGUUUGUGAGCGCAGCGGUGCGAGUUCCCCUGCGGGAGAAGUUGCUGCCUCCACCACUACCUCCACCACUACUUCUACCAGCACAACCGGGAUGCCGGACGCCCGGUGCCCGUCCACCGCCACCCAGGAGCCGAAGGCGGCAGAGGGAGGCAGCGGGGGCACCCCCAUGGUGCAGCCCAGCGGGAACGGGCUGUUCCUGUAUCUGAACAACAGGACUAUCAGACGGGGACUCUUUGUGGACCCGGCCAGGGACAACUUCAACGCGAUGACGAACUUGUACUGCUCCAUGAGCCCGGCCGCGGAUUCUCUGAACUUGAGCACUCAGACUCACGGAGCUGUUUUUAACCUGGAAUACUCUCCAGACGGGUCUGUGCUAACCGUGGCCUGUGAGCAGACAGAAGUGCUGCUGUUUGAUCCAGUCUCAUCGAAACACAUCAAGACCCUGGUGGAGGCUCACGAAGACUGCGUCAACAACAUCAGGUUCCUGGACAACCGGCUGUUCGCCACCUGCUCGGACGACACGACCAUCGCGCUGUGGGACCUGAGGAAGCUGAACGCCAAGGUGUGCACGCUGCACGGCCACGCCAGCUGGGUGAAGAACAUCGAGUACGACACCAACACGCGGCUGCUGGUCACCUCGGGCUUCGACGGCAACGUCAUCACCUGGGACACCAACAGGUUCACGGAGGACGGCUGCCCCCACAAGAAGUUCUUCCACACGCGCUACCUCAUGCGGAUGCGUCUGACCCCGGACUGCUCCAAGAUGCUGAUCUCCACCUCCUCGGGCUACCUGCUGCUGCUGCACCAGCUGGACCUCACCCAGUCCCUGGAGGUGGGCAGCUACCGCAUGCUGCGGGCCCGCCGCACCCCCCUCACCUCCGAUGGAGGAACGUCUGCCUCGAGGGCCAGUGGAUCUUCUCGCCACGGCAACGACUCCAGCAAGCUCCACCCCCACAGAGAAGGCCUGUCCCCCAGGAACAGCCUGGAGGUGCUGACCCCGGAGAUCCCGGGGGAGAAGGACCGGGGCAACUGCAUCACCUCCCUGCAGCUGCACCCCAAGGGCUGGGCCACCCUCAUCCGCUGCUCCAGCAACAUGGACGACCAGGAGUGGACGUGCGUGUACGAGUUCCAGGACGGGCCGGCCACGCGGCCCCCCGCCUCCCCGCGCUGCUCGCUGCGCCUCACCCACUACAUCGAGGAGGCCAACGUGGGGCGGGGCUACAUCAAGGAGCUGUGCUUCAGCCCCGACGGCCGGCUCAUCUGCUCGCCGUACGGCUACGGCGUGCGCCUGCUGGCCUUCGACGGCCGCUGCGGCGAGCUGUCGGACUCGGUGCCGGUGCGCACGUCGGUGCUGCGGGAGGUGCGCUCGGUGUACUCCCACAGCGACGUGGUGCUCACCACCAAGUUCUCCCCCACCCACUGCCAGCUGGCCUCGGGCUGCCUCAGCGGCCGCGUCUGCCUCUACCAGCCCCGGUUCUAGCGGCGGCUAGCGGCUAGGGGCGAUGGCGGCGGCUAGCGACGGCUAGUGGCGGCGGCAGCUAGCGACGGCUAGUGGCGGCGGCAGCUAGCGACGGCUAGUGUGGGAGACAGCUAGCGACGACGGCGGCGGCAGCUAGUUGCAGCGGCGGCUAGCAACGGUGACGAUGGCUGGCGGCGGCUAGCGGCGGCGGCGAAGGCUAGAGGCGGUGGCUAGCGACGGCGGCUAGUGGUGGCAACGGCUAGCCACGGGGGCUGCGGCUAAUGGCGGCUAGCGACGGUGGUGGCGGCGGCGGCUAGCGAUGUCGGCGGGUACGGCUAGCCUCAGCGGUGGCUAGUGACAGCGGCGGCUAAUGACUGAGGGCCCCUUAUGAGCGCCCCCUACUGUGAGAAAGCAUAGCUGCGGUGCUUUCUCAGAGAAGGGGGCGCCCAGUAUAGUGUUUUUGAAUCGGGUGUCGGCGAUGUUUGAAAAUGUAACUUUUUUGAGGUUGGUUUGAAUCGAGCGUCGCGGGAUCAGUUGCUAGCGUCGGUUGGCACGUCUGGACGCGGGAAACAAAGUCUGACGGUGGGCCACCGCUGGUAGAAACCGCGGGCGACUGACUUGUUGGCGCUUUAGAGUCAUGGAAACGGACUACAACUCCCACGGUCGGUUGGACUACAGGAUUGUAUUGGAGGGUUUUUAAGUAACAUUGACGUGUCUGUUUAGAGGUAGGAGUGAAAGGACUACAACUCCCAGGGUCGGCUGGACUACAGCAUUGUAUUGGAGCCUUUAUAAGUAACAUAGACGUGUCUGUUUAGCGGUAGGAGUGAAGGACUGGAAUAUAACCAGGGGAUGGAAGCGUUUAUAAAAUACAUUUUAAAAAGGCGUUUAAAUUGUCAAAAAUAUGGGAGGAGCUUGAACCAACAUGCCCAUGGUGGACUUAUGGACAACUUGACAAGAACCUGGAGAAACGUACUUAGACGACACAGUAUCUCACUCUAUGGAGUCCCAUCGGCUUCCAUUCUAAACGUUCAGUUGGCUGUUAGUCCAGUAGCCAGUAUCUAUAGAGGUAGCUCAUUUACACAUUGUUUAUUAACUAUCGACCGAACUUGACAUUGCGGGACAAUCUUGGAAGAAACCGAGCGGAACCACAGAGAGAGGAGAGCGAUGGUGGAGGAGAGGAAAUGUAUGUGUUUGUAUUUUUCCUGUUGUCUUAAAAGUCCCUUCUGCCGUUAUUGCGUUGCUCUGCCCUAUCCCGCCACUAGCUGGUGCUGUUCUUCUGCUUAUACCAUCUGAAUUCGCCUUGCUUCGCCUUUCCCUCUUGUCCUCACCUAUCUGAACCCUGCGCUGUCUGCAGGCUGCGUUCUCCUAGCCCACCCGCACUGUCUGUGAAUGUUUUCUUAUUGGAAACCCUUCUCGUCUGGUGUAGUUCCCACGGCUGGGCUGCUGUUUUGUCCUAAUGAGACUUUAUAUUCCCCCUCCGCCCUCUAUGACCUCUCCUCCUAUCACCUCUUUCGUCACUUUAAAAGGAGCGUUUCACUGUUUCCUGGAAAUACUUGUUAUUCUCCCGCACACAGACGCACAUGUGUUAUCCAGCUUGUGAGGUCGCAAACGGGGGGCGCAGUGCAAUCAGGACCCCGGCCCGGACGGACGCUCUCUCCCGCUUGGGAUGUCACAAAGGCUCUCGGAGCGGCCCGUGGACCUCACGCCUGUCGGUGACCGCCUGGAGCAGAACUAAUGAACGCUCCGGUUAACGUUCCCAUUGGCUCGGAGCAGACGCCUGGGUUAUAUAUAACAACCGUAACGACGCUACGUAGUAGAUGGUAUAGUACUGUUGUAUAAACAUCACCUAGAACAGAGUUUAUUCUACUACUAUGCACACCAGCUUUUCCGUACUUUAUAACUUCUUCUUGUUCAGACGAAGGCGAUUCCUCACGUUUUUCAGGCGCCGAACCCGCGACAGUGUUGAUGUCCUGUCAUUCAUGAACCUCGUGUCUUGGACAGUGUUGGUGUCCGGUCACAUUUCACCAUCUGAAUCUGAGAUCUCUGACAAAAGUGAAUUUAAAGGGAAUGAUUGUAUUAAAGCGAUGGUUGGGUUACAUUUGGUUCCUGGAAUUCUAAUUCAAAAGACCACAAAAUGCCUUCCCUCCCUCUAAAACAAUUUAGCUUUACCUCUUAGAGAAUCAGAUUCCCUCUUGUAGUCCAUUUGGUUUACAGAUGAGAGACAGACUAAAACAUCAUUUUAAAUGGAGCUCAAAAGUUGUUCAAUAUUUAACCCUGCUUUUAAUCCACUAAGAGAAACGACAAAACCGGAGUUUUAGAUUUUGUUGUCUGUCUGUUUGUUGUUUUCAGUUGGUGGAAAUUGAAAUUGUUGUUUUUUUCAGGGCUGGUUUGUCUUACCUGACCACAGUAUGUCGUGUGUAAAAGAAAUAUGUUAAACACCCAGUGUUGUCAAGGUUGAUACUAUUAUGGUACUCGUUAUUAUGAUAAUAAAAGGUAACUUGUUUGCA